AUGGGUAAACAUUUGCGUCUAAAAAUACCUUCAUUUCGGAAACCACACCCCAACCGUGCAGAAAGUGCUCAUGCUUCUAAGCAUUCUCUUGGCACUUCCUCUGGUAAACUUAAGACUGUUAUCCUCAAAGUAAAGAAGUGGUGUGAGGAAUUGGUUGCUGAUAGUAAGCAUAGAUUAAUGGUCGAGUGUAUUGGAGAAAACACAACAAUUUUAUUCAAUAAAAGAAAUGCUGCCAGACUAAAUGACAUUCGUCAUAAAAUUGGUUGCAACUGUCCCAAUCAAUUAUCCCAGAGAAGAAAGACCAAGAGUGCAGAUGUCUCAUUACAUACAAUUAAUUGUUCCCAUGUUAUCAUCAGCUUGCUAAAUCUGAUCUCAUUCCAAUUCCCUGUAUUCCAAGACAGUAGAGAAGAGAAUGCUUGGAAGGCAAAGCCCCUGACCUUGCCCAUGGUCUUCUGCAUCUCUACGAAGGUUUCAACAACUCACAGAGCAAACAACUACAAAUUGAUAUUCAACUAUCAAUCAAAAAAAAUAGCAGCCCAAAUAGUCCAACAGAAACUUGAGGACCUCAACAGUCCAAAAAUAGUGGAAGCAAUCAAGGGUCUGCACAAAAACACAAAACGUAAGAUAAUUGCAUUAGAGCACUGCAUCGAAAACGAAAAAGAACAAAAAACAACCAAGCUUGUCCGUGCCGUUCCCCUUUUUAAACUACAAGAAGCGGUAGUUGAAUAUAUCAAAGAAGCAAAAGAGAUACUCCUUGAGGAGUCAGUGUAUGGGCUUAUGUCAAUUCAGUAUAUAUUACUGAUGAAGCCUCGACAAUAUAAUAACCAAAUGCUGGAUAUAUUCGGGGGAAAGCUUUUGACAGAGGGUAUACCUGCAACAACUUGA